AUGAGUGCGUCCACAGACUUUUCUUGUGAUUACUGGAAUCAAUAUGGUUACAGAACCGGGGGAUUUUCAUACGAAAACCAAAGGGUUUCGGGAUAUGCUGCUGCGGCCCAAACACAACCCAAUCAAGGACUGUUUAAUUAUCCCUACAUGGGCUCGCAUCAUCAACUAAAACAAGAGCCUGUGUACAGCAACUGCAGAUUCAACCCAAAUCCAGACUAUUCCAGUCUAAGUCCACCUCCUGCCAACCACAACUACAAUUCUUUCAACCAAUACGACAGCUGUAGACAGUCCGACUCAUUAGCAACUACAUCAUCCACUAAUGACACGAAUUCAACGUUGAACGAUUCUCCCAGCAGUGUCAAAGAUGAUUCUCCGGCUCUGAGGGCCCUUCUGAGCAGGCCCGUUGACCAGAAAAUCACAUACGAAUAUACAGAAUUGCGAAAGGGAGCUAAUUACGUGAGAGACUUCAGAGGGUCUAGAGACAGCAGCGAAUUUGAUGGUGAAGAAAAGGAGUUGGCUGGUUUCGGUAAAGACGACAGUUUAGAAGAGAAGACUGUUGAUGAUAAUUUGGCUGCGGUUCAAGGGAAUUUUUAUCCUUGGAUGAAAAGUACCCAUGGAAAUUCCGAAUCUGGAUCAAAAGGAAGCAAACGCACCCGUCAAACGUACACCCGUUUCCAAACUUUAGAACUGGAGAAGGAAUUCCAUUACAACAAAUACCUAACACGGAAGAGAAGAAUAGAAAUAGCUCAUACAUUGUGCUUGUCAGAGCGGCAAAUUAAGAUUUGGUUUCAGAACCGCCGAAUGAAAGCCAAAAAGGACGGCAAAUUCGGUCUACACUCGACGGAAUUUCAACCAAUCGAGGACAUCAACAUGAACCAGAACUUGUUCUCUGCGUCUUCUAGUUUUUCCAAAGCCUUCUAUCCCAGUGGAGGGCAGGGAAAUGCGGAAAAACGCCCGGAGACUUCAACAGUGGAUAACGACAGGAACUGUUAUGAAAACGAAUUGGCCAUGCCUUUGACGGCCUUGAAAAAUCUUCCAGGGCCUCCAUUAUCGCCGUAA